GCCGCGCGUCACUCACGCACGGUGCGUGGGCACGUCCGUGCGUCCGUCCCCACCCCCCGCCCCGGUAACCGGGGAAGUGGCGGCGGCGGCGGCUGCGGUCAUCAUGAAUUGGAAUAAAGGUGGACCUGGUACCAAGAGAGGCUUUGGGUUUGGUGGCUUUGCCAUCACACCUGGCAAGAAGGAGGAGCCCAAGCUGUCUCAGCAGUCCCACAGUGCUUUUGGCACCGCCGGCUCCUCGGCAGCAUUUGCGAAAUCGGGGCCUCCUCAGCUGCCUUCCUUCUACAAAAUUGGGUCAAAGAGAGCCAAUUUUGAUGAGGAGAAUGCGUACUUUGAGGAUGAAGAGGAGGAUUCCAGCAAUGUGGAAUUGCCCUACAUUCCUGCAGAGAAUUCCCCCACUCGGCAGCAGUUCCAUUCCAAAUCAGCAGACUCUGACAGCGAUGAUGAUCCUCUGGAGGCAUUCAUGGCUGAAGUGGAGGAUCAAGCUGCUCGAGACAUGAAGAGACUUGAAGAUAAAGACAAGGAAAAAAAGAACGUUAAGGGUAUUCGAGAUGACAUUGAAGAGGAAGAUGACCAAGAAGCGUAUUUUCGCUACAUGGCAGAGAACCCCACUGCUGGUGUGGUGCAGGAGGAGGAGGAGGAUAACCUGGAGUAUGACAGCGAUGGGAAUCCGAUUGCACCCUCCAAAAAAAUCAUUGAUCCCCUUCCACCUAUUGACCAUUCAGAGAUUGAAUACCCACCAUUUGAGAAAAAUUUCUAUGAUGAGCAUGAGGAGAUCACCAGCCUGACCCCGCAGCAGGUGGUGGAGCUACGGCACAAGCUCAAUCUCCGGGUCUCCGGGGCUGCUCCUCCAAGGCCUGGCAGUAGUUUUGCUCAUUUUGGGUUUGAUGAGCAACUUAUGCAUCAGAUUAGGAAAUCUGAGUAUACCCAACCCACUCCAAUACAGUGUCAGGGUGUCCCAGUGGCACUAAGUGGCAGAGACAUGAUUGGGAUAGCCAAGACUGGAAGUGGGAAAACAGCUGCUUUCAUCUGGCCAAUGCUGAUCCACAUCAUGGAUCAGAAGGAGCUGGAACCAGGGGAUGGUCCCAUUGCAGUGAUUGUCUGCCCAACCAGGGAGCUCUGCCAGCAGAUCCACUCGGAGUGCAAGCGCUUUGGCAAGGCCUACAACCUGCGCUCGGUGGCCGUGUACGGAGGAGGGAGCAUGUGGGAGCAAGCCAAGGCCCUGCAGGAGGGGGCAGAGAUUGUGGUCUGCACACCAGGUCGUUUGAUUGAUCAUGUGAAAAAGAAAGCUACAAACCUGCAGAGAGUCACUUACCUUGUGUUUGAUGAAGCUGACAGAAUGUUUGAUAUGGGGUUUGAAUACCAGGUCAGAUCAAUCGCGAGCCACGUACGUCCUGACAGACAGACCCUCUUGUUCAGUGCCACGUUCCGUAAGAAGAUUGAGAAAUUGGCUCGGGAUAUCCUGAUCGACCCAAUUCGGGUUGUGCAAGGAGACAUUGGAGAGGCAAAUGAAGAUGUCACUCAGAUUGUGGAGAUUUUCCCCUCUGGGCCCAGCAAGUGGAACUGGCUGACGCGGCGCCUGGUGGAGUUCACGUCCUCGGGGAGCGUCCUCCUCUUCGUCACCAAGAAAGCCAACGCAGAGGAGCUGGCCAAUAACCUCAAGCAGGAGGAUCAUAACCUGGGGCUGCUGCAUGGGGACAUGGACCAGAGCGAGAGGAAUAAAGUCAUUUCGGAAUUUAAGAAAAAGGGGAUCCCCAUCCUGGUAGCUACUGAUGUGGCAGCUCGAGGCUUGGACAUCCCUUCCAUCAAGACUGUCAUCAACUACGACGUGGCUCGGGACAUCGACACCCACACGCACCGGAUCGGCCGCACCGGCCGCGCGGGGGAGAAGGGGGUGGCCUACACCCUGCUGACCCCCAAGGACAGCAACUUCGCUGGUGACCUGGUCAGGAACCUGGAGGGUGCCAACCAGCACGUCUCCAAAGAGCUGCUGGACUUGGCAAUGCAGAACCCGUGGUUCCGGAAAUCCCGGUUUAAAGGAGGGAAGGGCAAGAAGCUGAAUAUUGGUGGUGGUGGCCUGGGGUACCGUGAGCGCCCCGGGCUGGGCUCAGAAAAUACUGACCGUGGAAACAACAACAGUGUGAUGAGCAACUAUGAGGCCUACAAGCCAUCCACAGGGGCCAUGGGGGACAGGCUGACAGCAAUGAAAGCGGCUUUCCAGUCCCAGUACAAGAGUCACUUUGUUGCUGCAAGUUUAAAUAACCAAAAGACUGGGAGCUCUGCCGCUGGCGCCAGCGGCUGGACCAGCGCCGGGAGCCUGAACUCCGUCCCGACGAGUUCAGCGCAGCAGAACGCUGCCAAUCCCGAGGGCCCCAUCGCAGCCACGGCAGCGGCGAAGGGAGUGCCGGGCUUCAGCAGCACGGGCAGCCUGAGCAGCGUGCCCCCCUUCCCGAGCGCCGGGGCACAGGGCUUCAACAGCACAAACACCAGCGCCAGCAGCCGGGAGGGCGGCGGCAUCGUCAGAGAACGCUACAACGACAGCCGGAACAGUCGGCACGGCGAGGCCCCGCGGCGCACAGAGGGCGGCGCUGGUGGCCGAGGGGAGGGCGGUGCUGGCCGGGGGGAGGGCGCUGGUGGCCGAGGGGAUGGCGGUGGUGGCCGAGGGGAUGGCGGUGGUGGCCGAGGGGAGGGCGCUGGUGGCCGCUUUAACGAGGGCCAGCGCUUCAACGAUGGUCAGCGUUUCAAUGAUGGCCAGCGCUUCAAUGAGGGCCAGCGCUUCAAUGAGGGCCAGCGCUUCAAUGAGGGCCAGCGCUUUAACGAUGGUCAGCGUUUCACCGAAGGCCAGCGCUUCAAUGAUGGCCAACGCUUCAAUGAUGGCCAGCGCUUCAACGAUGGCCAGCGCUUCACCGAAGGCCAGCGUUUCAAUGAUGGCCAACGUUUCAACGAUGGCCAACGCUUCAGUGAUGGUCAGCGCUUUAACGAGGGCCAGCGCUUCAAUGAUGGUCAGCGCUUUAAUGAGGGCCAGCGCUUCAACGAUGGCCAACGCUUUAACGAGGGCCAGCGCUUCAACGAUGGUCAGCGUUUCACUGAGGGCCAGCGCUACGAUGGCCAGCGUUACACCGAGGGCCAGCGCUACGGCGAUGGCCAGCGCCACGGCGAAGGCGGCGGCCGGCACGGCGACCCCUCCCGGCACAGCGACGGCCGCCACGGCGAUGUCCAUCGCCACGGCGAGGGCCGGCACUUCAGCGACUCGCCGGGCGGCAACCGCAACAGCGGUGACAGCAGGAACAGCGAGAGCAGGAACGGAGAGAACAGGAAGGAGGCCAACAGCCGAGACAACAAGACAGAUGGCUUUGCUGUCCCAGAGCCCCCAAAACGGAAGAAGAGCCGGUGGGACAGUUAAAAGCUGGGGGUUCACAGCCUGGAAUCUCUGCAGGUGGUGGUGUCGUUUUCCAGAGGAUUACUUGGGGUUGUUGGGAACUGGUUGUUGAGCAGCUGGGGCAGGAGAAGGGAACCAUGAGAGCCCCCAUGCGAGUUCAUCUGCGGACAGACUCACCCGAAUGAAGUGCACACAACUCUUAGUGAAAGAAAUCAUUUUGAUAAAGCUCCCUGGGUUCUGCUUUGAAACAUUCAGUGCUCGAGUGACUCUGCUGGAUUUAAACAGAUCUUCUUGACAAAAAGAAGCUGUUCCACAUCCUUGGAACAUUAAGAGACUGUUGUCCAUAGAAGUAUAAAUUAGUCUUUUCUUAACCAGCGUUCACAUUUACAAACCAGUCCAGUCCACCUAGAGAUGCUCAGGACCUGCCUGUUAGACAUUAAUCUUGCAGCAGUUUGGUCAGUAUGGUGAGUUCUUCCUCCAUCUCCUUAUCACAUAUUCUCCCCAAAUAAUUUGGCCUCCAGGUUACCCUUUACCACUCUCCCCAUCCACUAAGAAUGUAUCAAUUUGCUUUGCUAAGGUGGGGCAGAGCAAGUUGGUUCCGUUUUUUUUUUUUUUGUUUUGUUUUUUAUUUUGGUGUGUGUGGAGCUGUUCGAGGGAUCCUUCUCCAUCCCAGCAAACCACAAAUUCACCUGUAGUGCAGGUUGGACUCCCUGGCUUAUUUGUGGUCAGUACUUUAACUCCAAUCCCAUUGCCCAGAUAUUUUUUUUCUUUUGAAGAACCUUCUGUUUUCUAAUAUCCUUCAUUCUGGUGGAAGCCUGCAUAGCAAACCCGUGUCUCUGCUGUGCCUAUGCACCCUCUGUUCUGAGAGGGUUGAGUGCUUUCUUCAAAUUAAAAACAAAAAAGGGAAGACAAUGUAGAUAGACCACAACAAUCAGAGGCUGGAGCCCCCCAGGAAGUGUGGCUAAAGGAAGAAGAUUCAUAAAUUCAGGGAUCUCUUGCUCAGAAGCCUUUAGGGAGAACUCAGAAAACAAUUAAUGAAAAGAAACAGCUCAAAUCUGGCCUUGUUUUGGACACAUGUAGUAAAUCUGUAAAAUCUUGCUUGCCCAUUUUUAACUCAUUGUGUGUAUUCCCAUUUUUUAACUUCUUUUUUUUUUUUU